AUGACCACUCUGCAUCGUAUUGAAGCGCCAGUACCCCAAAGACCAUUGACACCGACAGAAGAGGACCGUCGUUUGGUGUCGUCGGACUUGAGCGACUGUGAAGAGAUUUACAUGGGUGAGCUGGGAUUGUACAUGCUGGAGACGCAGAAGCGGAAGAGGACGGUGGAGCACUACUUUGAACAGACAAUGCUCGAUCAAAACUUCAUGGUUUUGGACUCCCUUUCAAAACGUUACGCAGCAACCCUUGACCGCAUUCCUCUGCCGCCACCGCCACCAUCGCCCCCUCCUCCAGUCAUCCCACAGCCGAUAUUCGAACAAGAUCCCCUGUCACACUUGCAUGCACGCUCUCCGACGCCAUCUUACGCACAAGAGCCCAUACUUCCGUUCGAAAACGGAAGCGUCGGACCGGACGAUUUCGUCGCCAUUUCCAGCAAGAACAAGGGCAAAGGCAAGGCUGUCGACUCUGCGAAGCGUCCAGCAUCUCGGGCUGUCUCGGAGGCCAGCAGCAGUGAUUUGGAUGUCCCGAUGGCAGCAAAGAACGGCCACGCGAACAAGAAGCGGAGAUUGGGCAAGGACCUCGGAGACAUCACCGCCGCAGUGGAGCAGUCCAUCGCGGACGACCAACGUUCGACCGCGUCCAUCCAGGAGAUCGCGCCAAAAUCCACUCCGACUGGCAAAGGGAAGGGUAAGGCCAAGGCCAAGCUGCUUCCCAGUCAGCCCACUCCUCGCGAGCAAAGCGUUGAGAGUAUUCCCCCCGGUGCUGGAACACCGAAAGCGCGGAAGAAACCUGGUCCUCGCCGCAAGAUCGAUACCUUGCCACCUCAGACGCAAGAUUCUCUCGGUGUCGGCUCUGGCUCUGCGGCUGCUUCUGUCUCUGGCGACGUUACUCCGGCUGGAUCUCGACCACCUUCGCCGACUGGUACUGUGACGUCCGCUAUCGUGUUCGAUCUUGACGAAAUCAUUCCUCCGUUGAAGAAGGCGAAAAAAGUCGAUGAUGCCACCAUGAUCAAGCGCUUGAAGGCGUUGGAGGAUGCUCAGAACAAGGUCUGGAAAAAUAUCGCCAGGAGGGAAGUGGCGAAGGUCUACAAGUACCAGGUCAUGGGCUACCAGAACCGGCUGGCUCAGCACAAGCGCAUCGCUGAAGCGUCGUCUUUGCAAGCUCGCCGACCGUUCACCAAAACUCCGAAAGCCACGAAGGAUCUCCAAGCGAGGAGUAAACGACUCAUGCGCGAGAUGCUCGUCUUUUGGAAGAAGAACGAGAAGGAGGAGCGGGAUAUGCGGAAGCGAGAACAGAAGGCGGCUCAAGACCGUGCCAGGAUCGAGGAUGAGAAGCGCGAGGCGUCUCGGCAUGCGCGCAAGUUGGAAUUCCUGAUCAGUCAGAGCGAGAUCUACAGUCAUUUUCUUGGGAGCAAGCUCAAGACAUCGGAAGUCGAGGGCGAGAGUGCAGACCCAAAUAUUCAAGCUUCUGCUGUACCGGUCGGUGCUUCUCUCGAGGAUGUCGAGGAUGACAAGCUUCAGGACAUUGAUUGGGACAACGAUGAUACUACGAACAUGCACCAGCAUGCUCGGGCAAUUGCCAAAGAGACGAUGGAGAAGAACCGCUUGAAGGCCCUCCAAUUUGACAAUCAAUCCGCUCUCCAGCGCAAGAUGAACGAAGCCCAACGUCUAGCGAAGUCUCAGGCCCACAUCCGCGACGAAACACCAGAAACCCUCGAAGGCGUGGAUACAUCGACCAAGACACUCGUUGACCUGGACUCGGACGAGCUUAAUUUCCAGAAUCCAACGACGCUCACCGGUCAAUUGACGAUUGCGCAGCCGCGUAUGCUUCAGGCAGAACUGAAGGGUUAUCAGUUGAAGGGUCUUAACUGGCUGGGAACGCUCUGGGAACAGGGCAUUAACGGUAUCCUCGCCGAUGAGAUGGGACUCGGUAAAACUGUCCAGUCAAUUUCGUUGCUUGCGCAUCUCGCCGAGACACACAACAUCUGGGGGCCCUUCCUCGUCGUGGCGCCGCUGUCAACAUUGCACAACUGGGCCCAAGAGAUCACUCGCUUCGUGCCCAAGUUCAAGGCAAUCCCAUAUUGGGGUACUCCAAAAGACCGUCAGACUGUCAGGAAAGUGUGGAGUAAGAAGGAUAUGAUCUAUGACGAAAACUCGGAUAUUCACGUUUUGAUUACCAGCUACAACAUGAUCAUACAAGAUCAACAAUACUUUCAAAAGGUUCGAUGGGAGUAUAUGGUUCUCGACGAGGCUCAAAACAUCAAGAACUCGGCUAGUGUGCGGUGGAAGACACUGCUUGAGUUCCAGUGCCGCAACCGCCUUCUGCUCACAGGAACUCCCAUCCAAAACUCCAUGCAAGAACUAUGGGCCCUCCUUCAUUUUAUUAUGCCGACUUUGUUUGACUCCCAGGAUGAGUUCCACGAAUGGUUCUCCAAGGACAUAGAGAAUCAUGCCGAAAACAAGGGUAGCCAGUUGAACGAGCAUCAACUCCGCCGCCUCCAUAUGAUCUUGAAACCUUUCAUGCUGCGUCGUGUCAAGCGGCACGUCCAAAAUGAACUUGGCGAAAAGAUCGAGAUAGAUAUCCAUGUCGACCUCAGCGCCAGGCAACGUGCAAUGUAUAAGAGCUUGCUGGCCAACGUUUCUGUGGCAGAUCUACUCGAAAAAGCAGCGAACACUGCGGACGCCAACACCACACGCACUCUGAUGAACCUCGUUAUGCAGUUCCGCAAAGUCUGCAAUCAUCCCGAAUUGUUCGAGCGCGCGUAUGUCAAGGCGCCUCUCUCCUUCGCACGAUUUGGGCAGUCAGGCCCUCUCAGUCGAGAUCCGGAUCCGCUCCCAGUCUCUUAUUCGACUCGCAAUCCUAUCGAAUACUCCAUACCAAAACUUUUCUAUAGCGACGGCGGCCUAUUUGAUGUCCCGACCGAGAAUUCGCCCCAUCACCGGGAUGACUCCGGCAUCCUGCGAAAUCUCUUGAACAUAUGGUCUACGGAUUGGAUACAGAAGUCGUACUUCGAGGACGUACAAUCGCCUUUCGCCUUUCUACGCUUCCUCGACAUGUCACCUGCGGAGGCCCAUAGCCUCCACUUCUCUCCUUUGAUUCGUAGGCGCCUCAUUGGCAUCGAAGACGAAUUGCGGCGGAGGGAGGAAGACCCAUAUCGGGGCCAAGACUUCGCCAUUUCUUCAGUCGGCUCUGCUUUCCGUAUACCUUCGAGGGAAUCUGCUAUCCCUUCUCCUCCAUCUGAAGACCUUCCCGAUCUCCGUCUCUCCGCAUCAUCUGCCUGGACGACGUCUUGCCUGUCAAGAAACAUUCUGAAAUGGUUCAUCCCUCAGGCUAUUGCUCCUCCGAUAUCCACAUACUGCGCCGACCGCACGUUCAUUGAGCGUCAGGCAGCUAUACUGGAUGGUCCACUGGAAACACUGGCCUUGUACGGUAUGCCUCCGGCUCUCCAAGAUUCCAUCGAGGCCGUCGAGAAUUUCCACAAUAUAGUGCCUGGUAUACCUCCUCGUGGUCUUUUAUCUUGCUCUCAGCCAGACCAAUUGCCUCUGCCAACGAUGCGGGUCCCGGAAGCAAAGAGCCUCAUCUACGAUUCUGCCAAACUCGCUCGUCUGGACGCUCUGCUUCAGGAGCUCAAGGCCGGCGACCACCGUGUCUUGAUAUACUUCCAGAUGACGAAGAUGAUGGAUCUCAUGGAAGAAUACUUGAUCUACCGCCAAUACAAGUACCUGCGUCUUGAUGGCUCAUCCAAGUUGGAGGACCGGAGAGACAUGGUGAUGGAUUGGCAGACUAGGAAUGACAUCUUCGUCUUCAUCUUGAGUACUCGUGCUGGAGGUCUGGGUAUCAAUCUUACCGCCGCGGACACAGUGGUUUUCUACGACCACGAUUGGAACCCUUCGAACGACGCUCAAGCCAUGGAUCGUGCUCACCGUCUCGGACAGACUCGUCAAGUGACAGUCUACCGCCUGAUCACGAAAGGAACCAUUGACGAGCGUAUCGUCCAGCUUGCUCGAGUCAAGAAGGAUGUCCAAGAUAUCGUCGUUGGUAACAAGAACUUCUCCGAGGCCAACAAGCCCAGCGACAUCAUGCAGCUGUUGCUUACCGACGAACAAUUGGCGAACGCGGACUUGGGUGGCCCAUCUACCAAAGCUUUGGGCAAGCGAGCAGCUCAAGCAGGUGGCGCUGACGCGUCACGGGAGAUUUGGAACGAGGAGGGUGAUGAGUUCUUUGGUCCUAGUGGUGGGAUGGGAGAUGAGAAUGCCAAUGACGGAGAUGCCAUGCCAGUCCCAGAGUCCACACGGGGCAAAAGGGGAAGAGGAAGAGGGCGAGGGCGUGGGAGAGGGCGAGGGCGCGGUGCGAGUCGAGGUCGAGGAGAGUCAAAGCGGGGGAGACGAGGAAAGUCGAAUGUUGAUUCAUGA